AUGGAAGAAAGUGAUGUGUAACAAAAUGUGAAAGCACAAGAAUAAAACAAAUUGUACAGUAGUAAUGAGAUUGAAAAUUUCAAUUAGUAUUUAAGUGCAAUUUGUUUGAGUUUAUUAAUCAUCGAUAAAGAUUAAUGGAAUGUAGCUUGUCAUGAGGAUGUGAAUCAAUAGGUAUAAAUAAUAAUAAUAUGAAUAGAAUAUUUGUUAAUUUUUAUCAGAUUCUUAGAUUAAGGCUAUAAUAGUGAGUAAGACAAUAGAGAAUGAAAAAUUGAAUAUUUAAAUUCGGUCAGAGUAUGAGGCAACAAACAAUUAUGCUCAUACAAUUUGCUUUUUAAAGAGACAUACAUUUCAAUAUGAUAGCCAGAUGCAACCUUAACAAUUUAGUAAUCAUAUAUAAGUGAUAAAUAUUGGAUAUGCGGAAUAAUAAGGUGGAGCAAAUCCAUUCACAUUAUCUCAUAAUUAUGUAUAAAAUUGUUUCAUACCAAUAUUUACAUAAUACAAAGGAGAAAUAGACAAAAAGAGAAUAGUGGAUCAAUCAAGUUAUAAUGAUUUAAUAAAGAAGUUGAAUGAGGUCAAUUUGGCAUUUAUUAAAUGCAGAUAGAAUGUUGAAGUACCUGAAAUAAUUUUAUAAUUUGAUCCAAGAAUAAAAGAGGCUGUUAAAUUAAGAGGAGGUAAACCAACAAUCGAAGAUGCAGCUUAAUUAAAUAAGUCUGAUAUAGUAUAAUCUAUAUCAUAGACUGUGACAAGAUGGAUAUCCGAUAUUAAUUAAAUAUCAAAUACAAAGUUGGAAUUAACAAAUGCUAGUAUUGUAGAUGAAAUUAAUUAUUGGAUGAGUAUGGAAAGAUCAUUGUUUUUUAUUGAAAAUUAAUUAAAAUAACCAGAAGUAGAUUUUACUAUUGAAGUUUUAACAUAAGCAAAAAAAAUGAAUAUUACAGCUUAAUUUAAAGAAAUAGCCUUAAAAUAAAGUUUAUAGAAAUGUCAAUCAUGUAAUCAAUUCAUGAAAGAAUUUCCAAUUAAUAAUUUAUUAAUUGCAACAAGUCUUGUAGAAAUUAAAGAUGCCAUGAUCUAAAUAUUUUAACAUAUGAAAAAGUUAUCAAAUAUUUAAGAAAUUUACACUAUUCCUAGAUCAUUAUAAUUGGCAGAAUCCUUUUCAAGAGAAUUAACUAAUGAAAUGAUUAAAUAUUAUAAAGGAUUUUCAAUAUUACAUAUUAAAUAUGUUGACUUUAAAGGUUUGAUUAUAAAGACUCAAGAAAUUUUUAGUUAAUGGGAUGAAGAAUAUAAAAUAUUUAAAUAAAGUAUAGUUAAGAAAUCAAUGCAUUAAAAGGAUUAAUAUGGGUAAUUUGAACAUAUCAAAUUAUAGAAGUAAAUUACACAUAUUUAAAGAUUGAGAGAAAUGCAUGAAAAUCUAAAAGAAGUUAUUGAAUAGAUAAUUUAAAAUGAUUAAGAGGAAUAAAAAGAAAAUGUUUAAUAGUUUGUUACAUUAUAAGAAAUAUAAUAAGCAUAUGAUAUUUUUUAAAAUGUUGAGGUAUUUGAUUUAAGUAAAGAUGGAGAAGAUUAAUUUUUUAGAGCAUUAAAAUAAUAUGAGAUUGCAAUAGAAUCUGUAGAAGCUACUAUCACAACUAAUUUAAGAGAUUCGCUUGGUUCAGCAUCAUCUGCAAAAGAAAUGUUUAGAAUUUUAGCUAAAUUCAAUAAAUUAUUUUCAAGACCAAGAAUUAAGGGAGCAAUUUAAGAAUAUUAAUCUUAAUUAUUAAAAACUGUUUAUAAAGAUAUUUAAUCAUUAUAAAACAAAUUCAAAGAAUCGUAUUAAAAAAGUUAAAAUUCAAGAUUGGCAUCUGCAAGAGAUAUUCCAUUAACCUCUGGAUUUGUUAUUUGGUCAAAAUAAUUAUAAAUUAGAUUAUAGAAAUAUAUGCAAAAAGUAGAAUAAAUAUUAGGACCUUAAUGGGCUGAAGAUACAGAUGGUAAGAAAUGUAAAGAAAUGGGAGAAACAUUUGAAAGAAUUCUUGAUUCUGGACCAGCUUUGGAAGAAUGGAAAUCAGAAAUCAAUCAACAUAAUAAAGCUGUUAGUCAAAAUGAAAAGUUGUUUGAAGUUGUUACAAGAAGAAGAGGAUUAGAAAUCAGAGUAAAUUAUGAAAAAAAAUUAAGUUAACUCUUCAAAGAAGUGAGAAACUUAAGUAAUAUGAAAACUAAAGUACCUUAUUCAAUCUCUCAUAUUGCUAAUGAUGUUAAGGCUUCAUAUCCUUUUGCUUUAUCUUUAUAAGAAUCAUUACAUACUUAUAUUUAGAUUACAUCUUAAUUGAAUGCUAAAUCUGCAAAAUUAGUAGCUGCAUUAAGAAAAGAAGUUCAACUUUAAAUUGGUUAAGGAUUUAAUUAUUUAUGGACUCAUAAAACUUAAUUAUAACCUUAUGUUAAAAAAUUUACUGAUAAAGUUUUUGAAUUAGAAUAGGCUGUUAAUGGAUUAAAUGAAAGAAUUGGUUAAAUCGAAUCUUUAUGUGAAGCUAUGAAAACAUGUCCAGUAGAUUCUUUAAAUGAAAAAUUAAAAGAUAUUCAAGAAGUUAUUGAUUAACUUUGUUUCAAUAAUUUCUCAAAUUUACAUAUUUGGAUCUAAGAUAUUGAUAAAUAAAUUGAAAGUAUUUUAUGUGAUAGAGUAACUGUCUAAAUGAAAGAAUGGUUAAAUUAAUUCAUUAAUUAUUAAAAAAUAUAAGAAAGAGGACUUGUAAAUUAAACUGUUGUUCAUGAAUUGAAAUUAUAAGAUUAAAUCAUUUAUGUCGAUCCUCCUGUUGAAUAUGCUAAAUAUUUCUGGCUUUAAGAAUUUCAUAAAAUGAUAGGAUAAAUUUGCAGUUUGCCUAGAUUAGUUGCUAAUAGAUUUGAUAAUACUAUUUAAUAAAAUACAGGGCCAUGGGGUACAUAAAGAGAUUUAGAUUAUUCUACUACCAUUAAUAAAAUUAAUUAAUAAUUGAUUAAAGAUGCUUAUGCAUAAAUUGGAUUAUUAUUGGAAGAAAUGGAAUAAUAUGUUUAAACUUGGUUAAAUUAUCAAUCUUUAUGGGAAUUAGAUAUAAAAUAGGUAGAACAAAUAUUAUAAGAUGAUAUUGAAAAGUGGCAAUAAAUGUUAACUGAUAUAAAAUAAGGGAGAGCAACAUUUGAUAAUUCAACAACUGAGGAACAUUUUGGAGCAAUAAUAAUAGAUUAUAGAAUGGUUUAGGUAAAAAUAAAUCAUAAGUAUGAUGCAUGGCAUAAAGAAUUAUUAAAUCAUUUUGGUCAUAAGUUUGGUGAAUAAUUACGUGUAUUUAAUAAGAAUGUGACAUCAGAAAAAGAUAAGCUGUUGAAAAUAAAUUUUUAAGAUUUAACAUCAGAUAUAAUUGAAUCGAUAACUAUAAUUUAGGAAUAGGAUAAGAAAUUUCCUAGUUGGUCAGCUGAUAUAGAAUCAUUUAAGAAUGGAUAGAAGGUUUUGGAUAGACAAAGAUAUCAAUAUCCAUAAGAUUGGUUAAGUUUUGAAUAGGUAGAGAUGUAAUGGAAUUAAUUUAAAUAGAUUCGAAGCAAGAAACUAUAAUAAUAAGAGAAUGAAAUGAACAAUAUUUAAUCAAAAAUUCAAUAAGAUGAGAGAUAUUUAAAUUAAUAAAUAUAAGAGAUAGAAGAUUAAUGGAAGACAUCUAAGCCAGAUUCAGGAGAUUGUUCUCCAAAUGAAGCUGAAUAAAUUUUGAAGAGUUUAAAUGAAUAACUUAGAUCAGUUUAAGAGAAAUAUGAAAAGUGUAGUUAAGCAAAGGAGAUUUUAAAAAUGGAUCCCCCUACUCAUUAAUAAAAAUUGAAUGUUUUAUUGGAAUCAAUAUCAGAUCUAUAAGAUGUAUGGUAAGAAUUGGGAAAGGUUUGGAAAGUAAUGUAAUCAAUAAAGGAUUAAUUGGUUUCAGCUUUAUAAAAUAAGAAGAUAAAGGAUACAUAUGAUGAAGCAUAGAAAUAGUUAAAUGGAGUAUCAAGUAAGACAAGGAAUUAUGAUGCAUUUGAAAAGAUGAAGGAUAAGGUAAAGAAUUAUAUAAAGAUGAAUAAAUUAAUAAAUGAUUUAAAAGAAGAUUCAAUGAAAGAGAGACAUUGGAGAUAAUUGUUAUCAAAAUUAAAAGUGAAUGAAUCAUUAAAUUAAUUAUAAAUGUAACAUUUAUGGAAUGCAAAUCUUUUAAAUUAUGAGAAUUUAGCUAAAGAUAUAAUGACAGUAGCAAGAGGAGAAUAAGUGUUAGAAUCGAUGAUAUCAGCAGUAAAAGAUUAUUGGAAUUAAUUUGAAUUAGAAUUAGUAAAAUAUUAGACAAAAUGUAAAUUGAUAAGAGGAUGGGAUGAAUUAUUUUAGAAAUUGGAAGAAGAUUUAAAUAAUUUAGCAUCAAUGAAAAUAUCUCCAUUUUAUAAAACAUUUGAAGCAGAGAUUUCAUAAUGGGAUGACAAAUUAUAAAAAGUAAAAUUAACGAUGGAUAUUUGGAUUGAUGUAUAAAGAAGAUGGGUUUAUUUAGAAGGUAUUUUCUUUGGUUCUUCUGAUAUAAAAACAUAAUUAUAAAAUGAAUACAAUAAAUUUAAAGAUAUUGAUAGUUAAUUUACUAAUUUAAUGAAAAAAGUAGCUUAGAAACCAUAAUUAAUGGAUGUCUAAGGGAUUCCAAAUUUAGCAAAGACUUUAGAGAGAUUAAGUGAUUUUUUAUAGAAGAUUUAGAAAGCAUUAGGUGAUUAUUUAGAAACAUAAAGAUAAGCAUUUGCUAGAUUUUAUUUUGUAGGAGAUGAUGAUUUAUUAGAUAUAAUAGGUAAUUCUAAAGAUGUAACUAAUGUUUAAAGACAUUUUCCAAAGAUGUAUGCAGGAAUAGUACAAUUAUAAAGUAGAAAGGAUGGAAAUGAUGAUGUAGUAUUAGGGAUGUCAAGUAAAGAGGGAGAAAUAGUUUAAUUUAGUAAGGAAGUAAAGAUUGCAGAAGAUCCUAGAAUAAAUAUAUGGUUAGGAAAGGUAGAUAAUGAAAUGAUGAAUUCAUUGGCAUUAGAUUUAGAGAAAUCUGUUUAAGAUAUAUAAGCAAAUUAAUAGAAUAGAAUGAAAGUUAUAGAAGAACAUCCAGCUUAAAUAAUAUUAUUAGCAUUACAAGUAGGAUGGUGUUUUUCAGUUGAAUCAUCAUUUAAUAAUGAAUAAUAAAUGAAAUAAACAUUAUAAUAUGUAUUAGAAUUUUUAUCAGAAUUGGCAGAAAGUGUAUUAAAAGAUCAUCCUAAACAAUUAAGAUAGAAAUUUGAAUAAAUUAUAACAGACUUUGUUCAUUAAAGAGAUGUAAUUAGAUUAUUAAUGAACAGUAAAAUUAAUAAUAAAAAUGAUUUUGGUUGGUAAUAUCAUAUGAGAUUUAAUUGGAAUUCUAAAGAAGCAGAUCCUGGAAAAAGAUUAUUAAUAUAAAUGGGUAAUGCAUAAUUUCAUUAUGGAUUUGAAUAUUUGGGAGUAGCUGAAAAAUUAGUAUAGACUCCAUUAACUGAUAAAUGUUUUUUAACUUUAACAUAAGCAUUACAUUUAAGAAUGGGAGGAUCUCCAUUUGGACCUGCAGGUACAGGUAAAACAGAAAGUGUAAAAGCAUUAGGAGCAUAAUUGGGUAGAUUUGUAUUAGUAUUUAAUUGUGAUGAAACAUUUGAUUUUAAUGCAAUGGGUAGAAUCUUUGUAGGAUUAUGUUAAGUAGGAGCAUGGGGUUGUUUUGAUGAAUUUAAUAGAUUAGAAGAACGUAUGUUAUCUGCUUGUUCAUAAUAAAUAUUAUUAAUAUAAACUGGAUUAAGAGAAAAAUAAAAAUAAAUAGAAUUAAUGGGAAAAGAUGUUAAAUUAAAUUCACAAAUGGGAGUAUUUGUAACUAUGAAUCCUGGAUAUGCAGGUAGAUCUAAUUUACCAGAAAAUUUGAAAUAGUUAUUUAGAUAAAUGGCCAUGGUUAAACCAGAUAGAGAAUUAAUUGCUUAAGUUAUGUUAUUUAGUUAAGGAUUCAGAACUGCUGAAAGAUUAGCUGGUAAAAUUGUAUCAUUAUUUGAAUUAUGUGAUAAUUAAUUAUCAUCAUAACCACAUUAUGAUUUUGGUUUAAGAGCACUAAAAUCAGUACUCAAUUCUGCUGGUAAUAUGAAAAGAUAAGAAAUGAUUGAUAGGAAAUAAGAACCUGUACCAUAAUCUGAAAUUGUAGAAUUUGAAUAAACUAUUCUAUUAAGAAGUGUUUGUGAUACUGUAGUACCAAAAUUAAUAAAAGAUGAUAUUAAAUUACUAGAAACAUUAUUAUAAGGUGUAUUUCCAGGAUCUUGUAUUCCUGAAAUUAAAGAAGAAGAAUUAAGAAAAGAAUUAGCUUUAGCAUGUUAAAGAAAGAACCUCUAAUCUAGUAAAACCUUCAUUGAAAAAGUGUUAUAACUAUAUCAAAUUUAAAGAUUAUAACAUGGACUUAUGUUAGUUGGACCAUGUGGAUGUGGUAAAAGUGCUGCUUGGAGAGUGUUAUUAGAAGCUAUGUAUAAAUGUGAUAAAGUUAAAGGAGAAUCUUAUAUUGUUGAUCCUAAAGCUAUUUCUAAAGAUGAGUUAUAUGGUAGAUUAGAUAACACAACAUUAGAAUGGACUGAUGGAGUAUUUACAUCUAUUUUAAGAAAAAUUAUAUCUAAUUAAAGAUAAGAAAGUACUAGAAGACAUUGGAUUAUAUUUGAUGGUGAUGUUGAUCCUGAAUGGGCUGAAAAUCUUAACUCUGUUCUUGAUGAUAAUAAAUUACUCACUUUACCUAAUGGUGAAAGAUUAGCUAUUCCUCCUAAUGUUCGAAUGAUUUUUGAAGUUGAAACUCUUAAAUAUGCUACCUUAGCUACUGUCUCAAGAUGUGGUAUGGUCUGGUUUAGUGAAGAAACUAUUAAUGAUGAUAAUAUAUUCUAUCAUUUCAUGGAAAGACUCAAAUAAGAUGAUUAUGAUUAAUAAAAAAAUGAAGAUGAAAAUAAUAAAUAAACUACUAAUUCUUAAGAAACUGAACUUAGAGCUAAAUGUGUUAAAGCUCUUGACUAAGUUAUUAAAUAUUUAUCCUCAUUUCUAUCCGUUGCUUAAAAAUAAGAAUAUAAACAUGUCAUGGAAUUCACUAGAAUCAGAGUCUUAGAAAGCACUUUUGCAUUAGUUAGAAGAAGUAUUUCUAAUAUUAUUGAAUAUAAUGAAAAUAACUCAGAAGUACCCUUAGAGGAAGAGUAAAUUUCAGAUUAUAUGGUUAAACAAUUUUUAAUUGCUGUCAUGUGGGGUAUUGCUGGAUCUAUGAAUCUUUAUUAAAGAACUCAAUAUUCUAAAGAAAUCUGCUAAUUAUUGCCACAUAAUAUAAUUCUUCCAUAAUUUACAGAGAGUGCACCUUCCUUAAUUGAUUUUGAAGUUACUUUACCAGAAGCUUAAUGGAGUUAAUAUAAAAAAAAGGUACCAUAAAUAGAAAUUGAUCCAUAAAGAGUGACUGAUGCUGAUCUUAUUAUCGAAACUGUUGAUACUCUUAGACAUAAGGAUGUUCUCUGUGGAUGGCUUAAUGAACAUCGACCAUUUUUAUUAUGUGGACCCCCAGGUAGUGGUAAAACUAUGACUCUGAUGAGUACACUUAAAGCUUUAACUGAUUUCGAGAUGAUCUUUAUCAAUUUUAGUAGUUCAACAAUGCCUUAAUUAAUAAUUAAAUAAUUUGACCAUUAUUGCGAAUACAAGAAAACUACUAAUGGAGUCUUUUUAUAACCAAAAAAUUAAAAAUGGCUUGUUGUAUUUUGUGAUGAAAUCAAUCUACCUGAUUAAGAUAAAUAUGGAACAAUGGCAAUUAUCACUUUCUUAAGAUAAUUAACAGAAUAACAUGGAUUUUGGAGAUCAUCUGAUAGAUAAUGGAUUUCACUUGAGAGAAUUUAAUUUGUUGGAGCAUGCAAUCCUCCUACUGAUGUUGGUAGAAAACCACUUACUCCAAGAUUUCUUAGACAUUGUCCUCUUAUUCUUGUUGAUUUUCCAGGACCAGAAUCACUCAAAUAAAUUUAUGGAACUUUCAAUAAAGCUAUGCUUAGAAGAACUGUUAAUUUAAAAUAACAUUCUGAAUAACUUACUAAUGCAAUGGUCGAAUUUUAUACUAAGUCAUAAUAACAUUUUACUGCAGAUCAAUAAGCUCAUUAUAUAUAUUCUCCAAGAGAAUUAACACGAUGGAAAUAUGCUUUGAAUGAAGCCUUAGAGCCUCUUGAAUCUGUUGAAGACCUUGUAAGGCUUUGGGCACAUGAAGGUUUGAGAUUAUUCCAAGAUAGAUUGGUACAUGAACAUGAAAAGGAGUGGUGUAAUAAGCUUGUUGAUUAAGUGGCUUAUAAUAAUUUUAACAAUUUGAAAGAUGAAGCAUUACAAAGACCUAUUCUAUUCAGUAAUUAUUUACAUAAGGUUUAUCAAAGUGUUGAUAGAGAAGAAUUGAGAAAGUACAUCUAAGGUAGAUUAAAGCAAUUUAAUGAAGAAGAGUUAUCAGUUCCAUUAGUUGUUUUUGAUGAUGUACUUGAUCACAUAUUAAGAAUUGAUAGAGUCUUAAAAUAACCUUUAGGACAUCUUUUAUUGGUUGGAUCAUCAGGAGUAGGUAAAACAACACUUACUAGAUUUGUAAGUUGGAUUAAUAAUUUAACUGUGUUUUAGAUCAAGGCAGGAAGAGAUUAUUCAUUAGCAGAUUUUGAUAAUGAUUUAAGAGAAGUAAUGAAGAGAGCUGGUGCAAAAGGGGAGAAGAUUACAUUUAUAUUUGAUGAAUCUAAUGUAUUAGGUCCAUCAUUUUUAGAAAAGAUGAAUGCAUUAUUAGCAUCAGGGGAAAUUCCAGGAUUAUUUGAAAAUGAUGAAUAUUUGGCAUUGAUAAAUUUAUUAAAAGAAAAUUCAAGUUAAAACAAAUAGUUUGAUUCAUCAGAAGAAUAAUUAUUUAAGAAUUUCACAUAUUAAGUAUAAAGAAAUUUACAUGUUGUUUUUACAAUGAAUCCAAAGAAUCCAGAUUUUUCAAAUAGAACAGCAUCAUCUCCAGCUUUGUUUAAUAGAUGUGUGAUAGAUUGGUUUGGAGAUUGGACAAAUGAGGCACUUUUUUAAGUAGGAAAAGCAUUUACAAUGUAUAUUGAUCCUCCUGAGAAUGCAUUCAGUAAAAAGAUUAAAGAUGAAAGUCAAAGAUAACACAUUUUAGUAUCAACAUUAGUUUAUAUAUAAAAUACUAUAAUUGAAUUAAAUAAUAGAUUAUAAAAAGGUGCAAAAAGAUUCAAUUAUAUAACACCAAGAGAUUAUUUAGAUUUCUUAAAGCACUUUGAGAAAUUACAUAAUGAGAAGAAAUCAUAAUUAGAAGAUUAGUAAUUGCAUUUGAAUGUUGGUUUGGAUAAGUUAAAAGAGACAGAAUAAUAAGUAUUGGAAAUGUAGAAAAGUUUAGAUUCAAAGAAGAUUGAGUUGUAGACAAAAGAAAGAUAAGCAGGUGAGAAAUUGUAGACAAUUAUUGAAGAAAAGAAGAUAGCAGAAAGAAAGAAGGAAGAUAGUACAAGAUUAUCAAGUGAUGCUGAAAAGAAAGCAAAAGAAAUGGAAAUAAGAUAAUCAUAAGUUAAUAAAGAACUUAAUGAAGCAUUGCCAGCAUUGGAAAAUGCAAAAUAAUGUGUUAAUAGUAUUAAGAAAGAUGAUUUAAAUUAAAUAAGAGCAUUAGGUUCACCUCCUGCAUUAGUUAAAUUAACAAUGGAAGCUGUUGUUUGUGCAAUUAAUUCAUUAGAUAAAAGUCCAGAAUGGAAAGAUGUUUAAAAAUCAAUGGCAAAUAUGAAUUUUAUAAAUAAUGUGAUAAAUUUUAAUACAGAAACAAUGCCUGCAAAAGUUAAGAAAUUUAUAUUAACUAAAUAUUUAUCAGCUUAAGAAUGGAACAUUGAUAGAAUCAAUUAUGCAUCAAAAGCAGCAGGACCAUUAGCAAUGUGGUUGGAUUCAUAAUUAAAAUAUGCAGAUAUAUUAUAGAAAGUAGAUCCAUUAAAAUAGGAAGUAGCUAAACUUUUAUAAGAAAGUGAUGAAUUAAACAAAUAAAAGAAAAUUUAUGAUGAUGAGGUUGGAGCAGCUGAAACUAAGAUUCAUAAUCUAUAAUAAGAAUAUUCUGAAUUGAUUAGCUAGAAAGAAUCAAUUAAAUCAGAGAUGUUAAAAGUUUAAGAGAAAGUAACAAGAUCUUAAGCUUUAUUAACUGAUUUAAGUGGAGAAAGAAUUCGUUGGGAAGAAGCUUCAUAAAACUUUAAGAAUUAAUUAGCUACAAUGAUAGGAGAUGUUCUAUUGUCAUCAGCUUUUCUAUCUUAUAUUGGUUUCUUUGAUCAUUUUUAUAGGAAGGUUGUAAUAAAUACUUGGAAAGAUUACCUUUAGAAUUAAGCUAAUAUAUCAUAUAGAUAGGAUUUGUCUUUAAUUGAAUUCUUAUCAAAACCUUCUGAUAGAUUAAAUUGGUAAUCACAUACUUUACCUUCAGAUGAUUUAUGUAUGGAGAAUGCUAUCAUAUUGUAUAGAUUUUAAAGAUAUCCAUUGGUAAUUGAUCCAUCAGGAUAAGCUUUGUCCUAUAUCUCAUCAUUAUAUAAAGAUAAGAAAUUAGCUAGAACUUCAUUUACAGAUGAAUCAUUUUUAAAGACUUUGGAAACAUGUUUAAGAUUCGGUUGUCCUUUAUUAGUAUAAGAUGUAGAAAAGGUAGAUCCAAUUUUGAAUUCCGUUCUUAAUAAUGAAACAUAUAAGACAGGUGGUAGAGUAUUAAUUAGAGUUGGAAAUUAGGAAAUAGAUUUUUCAUAAGGUUUUACAAUGUUUAUGAUAACCAGAGAUAGUACAGCUAGAUUCACUCCUGAUUUGUGUAGUAGAGUUACUUUUGUUAAUUUUACAGUCACUUAAAGUAGUUUAUAAGAAUAAUGUUUGAAUAUAUUCUUGAGAAAUGAAUCACCAGAAACAGAAGAAAAGAGAUUGAAUUUAAUGAAAUUAUAAGGAGAGUAUAUAGUUAAAUUGAGAGAGUUAGAAGAUUAGUUGUUAGAUUCAUUAAAUAAUAGCAGAGGAUCCAUAUUGGAAGAUGAAAAGGUUAUAUAAACUUUAGAGAAAUUAAAGAAAGAAGCUGCUGUCAUUGUAUAAGAAAUGAAGUAAGCUGAUACAAUUAUGAAUGAAGUCAUGAAUACAACACAUUCAUAUGUUCCUUUAGCCAGUACGACUUCAAAGAUUUUCUUUAGUUUGACUUCUUUAGCAAAUAUACAUUAUUUGUAUUAAUUUUCUUUGUAAUUCUUUAUGGACACAAUUUACAAUGUUUUAAAUAAAAAUGAUUAAUUGUAAAAGAUUCCAAAGUAAGAUUUGAUAAAGAGAAGAAUUCUGAUAUUUAAUGAAAUGUUUAAAGAAAUAUAUAAAAGAAUGAACUUUUCAUUGUUAUAAGAAGAUAAGUUAGUGUUUGCAAUAACUUUAGCUUAAGUGAAAUUGGGAGAUAAUAAUCUAGGUUAAGAAUUCUUGAAUGUAUUUAAACCACCUACAGUUAUGGAAACUUCAUUAUCAAAUAAUAUAUUAUAAGGAAAGAUGAGUAUUUAAUAAUUGAAAUAAUUGGAAGGAAUAACUUAAUAGAAUGCAACAUUUAAUAGAUUAAUGGAUAAUUUAAAUAAUAAUUAAGAUCGUUGGAUAAAUUUUUUAAAUGAUGAAGUUCCUGAGAAUGAUAUCCCAACAUAAUGGUAUAAUGAAGUAUAAAGAGAUGAUUUAGUGAAAUUAGAUUGGGUAGAUAGUAAAUAAUUAAAGAGAUAAUUGGAUGAUUUGCAUAUUCUAAGAAUAUUUAGAGCAGAUAGAUUCUAAAUAAUGGCUAGAAAAUUGAUUAAUUAAAUAUUAGGAGAUGGUUUUAUGGAUGAGUAGACAGUAGAUAUGAAAUUGGUUGUAGAAAAAGAAGCAUCAAAUAAAAUUCCAAUUCUUUUAUGUUCAGCUCCAGGAUUUGAUCCAUCAUUCAAAGUUGAAUAAUUAAGUAGAGAAAUGGGUAUAAAAUUGAGUAGUGUUGCUAUAGGUAGUGCAGAAGGAUUUGAUUAAGCUGAAUAAGCAAUUACAUAAAGUGUUAAAUCAGGAUCUUGGGUAAUGUUGAAGAAUGUUCAUUUAGCUACUAGUUGGCUUAAUGAUUUAGAAAAGAAAUUAUUUAGAUUAACUCCAAAUCCUAAUUUUAGAAUAUUUUUAACAAUGGAAUUUAAUCCAAAAAUACCAACUACUUUAAUUAGAUAAUCUUAUAAAUUAGUUUUUGAACCACCUGAUGGUAUUAAGGCAUCAUUAAUUAGAACUUUUAAAACUGUUUUAUCCUAAUAAAGAACUGAUAAAUAACCUGUUGAAAGAGCUAGAUUACAUUUCUUAUUAGCUUGGUUACAUGCUGUUAUUUUGGAAAGAUUAAGAUUCACUCCUAUUGGAUGGAGUAAAACAUAUGAAUUCAAUGAAGCUGAUUAAAGAUGUUCAUUAGAUUUAAUUGAUGAAUAUGUUGAUGCAUUAGGAAUUAGAUAAAAUAUAGAUCCAUCUAAAUUACCUUGGGAUGCUUUUAGAACUAUAUUGACAUAAAAUUUAUAUGGUGGUAAAGUAGACAAUGAAUAUGAUUAAAAGAUUCUAUAAUCAUUGGUUGAAUAAUUCUUUACUGAAUCAAGUUUCAAUCAUAAUCAUCCACUAUUUUUCACAUUAGAAGGAAAAGAAGCUAUUACAGUUCCAGAAGGUAGAACAUAUAUGGAUUUUAUGUAAUGGAUUGAAAAAUUGCCAAAAACAGAAAGUCCAGAAUGGUCAGGAUUACCUUCUAAUGUAGAAAGAGUAUAAAGAGAUUAAUUAACUCAAAAAUUAAUUACAAAAGUUUAAAAUCUAUAAUAAGAAGGAGAAGAAGAAAUUACUUAAAUUGAAGUUUAAACAGAGAAAACUUAAAAGAAAGAAAAUAAGAAAUCUGAUUAAGUUCAAUGGCUUUAAGAUCUUUUAGAAAAAGUAGAAAAAUUCAAAGUUAUUUUACCUUAAAAAAUAUUACCUUUAGAAAGAACUGCUGAUUCUAUUAAUGAUCCAUUAUUUAGAUUUUUAGAUAGAGAAAUUACUGUUGCAUCUAAAUUAUUAAAAGCUGUAAGAUAGAAUAUUGAAGAAUUAACAUAAUUAGCAUAAGGCAAAAUCUUAGCGACAAAUUUAUUAAGAUAAUUAGCCAAAGAUGUUUUUAACAAUAUUAUACCAUCAUAAUGGAAUAAAUAUAAUGUUAUUACAAUGCCUUUGAAUGAUUGGGUUGGUGAUUUUAAAAGAAGAAUAGAUUAAUUUAAUCAUUUAGGAAAAACUAAAAACUUUUAGUAAGGUAAUGUAUGGUUUGGAGGAUUACUAUUUCCAGAAGCUUAUUUAACAGCAACUAGAUAAUAUGUAGCUUAAAGAAAUCAAUGGUCCUUAGAAGAAUUAGAACUAUUGAUUGUUCCUGAACAUUUAGGAGUUGAUGAUGAUUCUUUUGUUAUUGAGGGUGUCUCUAUGGAAGGAGGACAUUUGGAUUCCAAAACUUUACAAGUCUCCAUUGUUAAUGAAAUAUCCUUUGCAUUAAAACCUAUCAUCUUAAAAUGGUCAAAGACAUCCCAAAAAGGAGUUAUUGCUGAUGAUGAAAUAGUUUUGCCUGUCUAUUUGAAUAAAACAAGGAAGAAUCUUAUAUUCUCCCUUAAAGUCAAAAUGGGCAGACUUAAUAGAUAUACUCUCUAUCAGAAGGGACUAUCAUUUAUCCUCUUCAAUUGA